CUCUCCAAUAAUCAAUUUUCUGGGCCAAUCCCACCAAAUUUUUCAUCUACAAUGCACAAUUUAGAAUUCUUUUCUGCCAAAGGUAACCAAAUCAGUGGCAUAAUUCCCUCAUCCAUGGAAGGAAUGAAUUCCUUGAUUGUCCUUGACCUUUCCCGAAACAAUAUUGGUGGUAUCAUUCCAUUGAGUUUGGGUAAUUGCGUAGCACUUGAGGCACUUGAUUUGAGCAAGAACAGGUUAUCGGGAGUAAUACCCAAGUCUUUGGGUGGGUUACGUCGACUCCGAACAAUGCACUUGAGCAACAAUAGCCUAUCGGGAAAAAUCCUUUCAUCUUUGAAGAAUUGUACUAGUUUGGAAACUCUUGACCUUGGGUAUAACAAUUUCUCAGGUCAUAUUCCCACUUGGAUUGACAAAAGUUUUCCAGCUUUAAGAAUUCUAAGUUUACGAUCCAAUAUGUUUACUGGUAACAUCCCACCACAAUUAUCAAAUCUGACUUCUCUUCAGGUCCUUGAUGUGGCACAAAAUUGUUUAUCUGGUAAAAUUUCUCAAAAUUUGGAAAAUCUCGUUGCAAUGAAAAAUGAGCAGAAGACGAACCACUUUCUAUUCUAUGGAAAAUCAGGAUUAUAUUAUGAGGAAAACUUGCUUGUGUCAGUGAAGGGACAGAUGCUUGAAUACACCAGAACACUUUCACUGGUUACAUGCAUGGAUCUUUCAAGCAAUAACUUAUAUGGAGAAAUCCCUGAAGGACUCACAAGUCUUUUGCGACUGCGUAUCUUAAACUUAUCUGGAAACUAUUUGGCUGGAAAGAUCCCAAACAAGAUUGGCAAAUUGGCAUUGCUAGAGUCGCUUGAUCUAUCCAAAAAUCAGCUUUCGGGUACAAUUCCUCUGAGCAUGUCAAAUUUAACUUUUCUAAGUUACUUGAACUUGUCAAAUAACAACUUGGUGGGGAGAAUUCCAUCGGGAAAUCAGCUCCAGACACUGGAAGAUCCUUCUAUUUAUAUGGGUAACAAUGAUCUCUGUGGACCUCCUCUUACAGAUAAGUGUGUUAGUGAUGAGACAUCUCAAGCUCCAAUGCCUGCUGGUAAUGAUGUAGAAAAAGACGAAGAGGACAAUAAAAUGCUUUGGUUUUACCUUGCCAUGGGACUAGGAUUUGUUGCUGGGUUUUGGUCCUUUUGUUGUGUUCUAAUGUUCAGUUACUCUUGGAGGAUUGCAUAUUACAGAUUCUUUGAUCAUAUGAGAGAAAGGCUUUUUUGUAAUUGUUGCUUUACAGGAUGUUGGCUUGAAGAAGUUUGA